AUGAAUCAUAUACUAGUAAAUAAUAGCGUGUCGAUAGACUCUAUGGAAGUCAUGACAUUGUGUAUCGACCGUUCGAAUGGCAUCCACAAUACAUCCUCGUCGUGCUGUUGUCGUUCACCACCAUCCUCUUGUCCAAAAUUCGCACUCGCUCUUCCAUCAUCCAAUCAUACACAAAUAUUCAUCAGAACACUCUCUGGUAAGACCAUGACAUUACUGGUUGAUCUGAAGAAGGACACUGUUUUGUCGGUCAAGGAGAAGAUUUACAGCAAGGCAUUCAUUCCAGCCUCUCAACAACGACUGAUUCACAGACAAGUCCAACUUGAAGAUCAUCGAAAGCUUUCAGAAUAUCCAACCAUUGGAAAAGAUUCGACACUGCAUUUGGUUCUUCGACUCGUUGCAGGUGUGAAUAGCAAGCAAACAACAACACCAAGGUCUUCGACACGCUCUUCGAAAAAGUUGACGACAAUCAAACAAGAAGAAGAAGAAGUAGCAGAAAAUGUAGCCACUCUCUCUUCAUCAUCCUCUCUUCAUGAACCAUCUUCCCUCACCACCUCUUCCUCCUCCUCUUCCUCCUCCUCUUCCUCCUCUUCAUCAUCCACACUUCUUCUUGACUCCAUUCCAAAACCUGAUACACCAUCAACGACUAACCAUCAUGUCGCUGUUGACAACAUGAUGGAAGCCAUCAACACCCAUCAAGAAGAAGAAGAGAAUCCAUCCGACACUGCCACCGCUCAACAACAAGCAAGAAAAUCUCGGACCAAGAACACGAAUUUAAGAAGAUCAAAUAAUAAGAAACAAACAUCAAUCUCCCUGACCAACAACGGUGAGCCAACUGAACAACAAGAAGCUUCUUUCAUGACGCCAUCAUCAUCUUCUUCAGAGGAAAAUCAACAAUCAAAAUCUUCCUCUAGCUUAAUGGAUAACAUCUCCGAGUCAAGCCAUCAAGAUAUGGAGGAAAAUUCUGAUUCUGAUCAAGAUGAUUCUGAUGGAGAAGAAAGUGACGAAAAGGGAUCAAGUAAGGGCAAAUCAAGAAAUAAGAACAAGAAGAGAGGAUCUUAUACCAAGAGAGCUUGUAUCAAUUGUAGGACUGCACACGCGGCUUGUGACUCUGGUCGCCCAUGCAAGAGAUGCAUUCAAUUAGGAAAAGCAGAUAGUUGUCGUGAUGCUGAGAGAAAACGAACCAAGAAGAGAACUCUCAACGAGUAUGAAAAUGCCACUGGCUUCUUCCCUGCUUUGGACUCUUUCAUUCCACUCUUGAGCUCUUUGCAAUCUCUGCCAUUACCUGAAUCAACUCCAAAACAUAACCCAGAUGAAACCUCAAAUUACUCAUCGGAGGCAAAAGCUUCUCCAGAACAAGCAGGUAGCACUUCAACAAAUAACAAGGAUGAAUUUGCGCCCAAAUUGACCACAAAGAUUAAGAAAGAGAGGGGUGGUCGAAAAGAUAAAAAGAAGGGUGCAUCAAGUUCGAACAAUCUAGUCACUACUACUACGACGACGACCACUUUGAUGAGCGGAAGCACCACUGACCUUCCUAUAGAUAUUGAUAUGAAUGAGUUUCAUCAAACCAAUACACUUGCAGAAAUUUUCACUCAUGACACUGCUCAUUCCACGUUUUUAGAUAUGGAUAGUUCUCCAACCGUUGAAAAUGACAACAACUUUUUCAAUGACGAUGGAGACGAUUCGAAGAGAGACAUUUCUGAAGCAUUGAAUAAUGUGGUACUAUCUUCCCCAGAGCCUUUACUUGGCAACCAACAAGUUACUUCUGGUUCAAGCGAGGAUAUUAAUAACUCAUCGCAUCUCGCCUUAUUGGAAUCGUUUGGAAAUAAUCUUCCAUUUGACCUUUCAGAAGCAAUUUCACAAAGCAACAACAAUGAAAUUGUGAAAAUGUUGCUGUAUGAAUAUUUGAGACAAUCACAAGAACUUCGUGAGCUUAAAAAGCUGGUCACCUCACUUCAAUAUACCUUGAUUAGUUUGAGCCCUCAUCAAUAUGCAACAAGUCCAUCCAAUAAUAAUUUGAAUGACCAUUUAUCAGGUAACACAAUGUAA